UCUUGGUAGCCGAAGCUCUGGGGAUCAUCUACCGAUUACUAUGUUUGCUUUUGCUGCUCCUCCGGUCGGCGCAUUCACUGGCGUGGGAAAGUCCCGUAUUAAUUCGUACGCUUUCGAGCGGAGCUCGGAGGUCAAUGCAGACGGCCCUCAAGGACUAAAUAAUAUUCUCAGUGCUGAUGAUCCACUUGCGAACUCUAAAGCUUCCUUGGAAAAAAUUAGGGAGAGGCUAGUAAAGGUAGAACUCUCAGUGUCUGCUUAUGAUACUGCUUGGGUUGCGAUGGUCCCAUCUGCAAGAUUUCCUAGAACUCCUUUCUUUCCUGAAUGUGUUGAUUGGAUAAUAGAUAAUCAGCAUUCUGAUGGUUCGUGGGCCCCUACACAUCACAAACUUUCUUUUACCACAAACACUCAGCGCAAACAUUCUUUUACCAAAGAUGCUCUGUCAUCCACUUUGGCUUGUGUGCUGGCACUUAGGCGAUGGAAUGUUGGUGAGGAGUAUGUCAAAAAAGGGCUCUCCUUCAUUGGAUCAAACUUCUCCAGCAUUAAUGAGCAACAACUAUCUCCUGUUGGCUUUAAUAUUAUAUUUCCCGGUAUGAUCAAUUAUGCACUAGAAAUGGGGUUGGAUCUUCCUUUGAGCGAAUGUGACAUAGAUGCCAUGUUUUCCAAGAGAGAAUUAGAACUUAGAAGAGAGGCUGAGGAAAAUUCAGUUGGAAGCAAAGCUUACCUUGCAUUUGUUGCCGAAGGACUAUGUGGAAUGCAAGAUUGGCAAGAGGUCAUGAGUUAUCAAAGAAAAAAUGGUUCACUCUUUAACUCUCCAUCAACAACUGCUGCUGCACUUUGCCAUAUUCGAGAUGAUAAAUCCCUUAAUUACUUGAGUUCUAUUUUGCAGAAGUUUGGCUGCUCAGUUCCAACAACCUACCCUCUGGAAAUACAUACUCAUCUUUCCAUGGUUGAUAAACUUGAGAGACUUGGAGUUUCUCUGCAUUUUACUCAUGAUAUAAGGAGAAUUCUGGACAGAGUUUAUAGAUGCUGGGUGGAGAGUGAUGAGGAAAUUUAUUCAAACGUAGCUACCUGUGCCAUGGCAUUUCGAAUUUUACGUAUGCAUGGAUAUGAUGUGUCUUCCGAUGCUUUAUCUCCAUUUGCUGAUGCUAGGCACUUCAAGAAUACAGUCCAGGGACAUAUCAGAGAUUUAAAUGCUGUUAUUGAGCUAUACAAGGCUUCACAGGCUCAGAUCUCACCAGAGGAACCAGUUCUGAAGAAAUUGAACUCCUGGGUUACUCACUUUCUCGAGGAGGAGCUGGAUAAUAAUGCCAUCAACUCGCUAGAUUUUUCACAAGAGGUUGAUUAUAUUCUCAGGUUUCCCUUUUAUGCAAACGUGGAAAGGCUGGAACACAAAAGAAAUAUUGAACACUGCAAUUUAGAUAAUAUGCAGAUGCUCAAGACAUCAUUUGUGUGCAGUAUGAAUAGUAAUGACAUUCUGGAGCUUGCUGUGGCUGCAUUCAGUAGUUCCCAGUUGAUAUAUAGGAAAGAGCUUCAGUAUCUUGAGAGUUGGGUUAAGGAGAGCAAGCUGGAUCAGCUUGGAUUUUCUCGGCAGAAAGAGACAUAUUGUUAUCUCUCUGCCGCUGCUACACUUUUUUCCUCAGAACUGUCAAGUGCUCGCCUAUGUUUGGCCAAAGGCGGUGUGCUAACCACCUUUACUGAUGAUUUUUUUGAUGGUGGAGGUUCCUCUGAAGAACUAGCAAACCUUAUCAAGCUGGUUGAGAAGUGGCAUGGAAUUCAUGAAAAUGAAUUCUGCUCUGAAAAUGUAAAGACUAUUUUUUUCGCUAUCCAAAAUACUGGCGUUGAGCUUGCAGCAAAGGCUUCUCUCUUCCAAAAGCGUGAUAUCACCAACCAUAUCAUUAAAAUUUGGCUAGCUAUGAUGAACUCCAUGAUGAAAGAGGCUGACUCGCUAAAGAAUAAUACAGUGCCAACUAUAGAUGAAUACAUGACUCAUGCAAUUCCAUCGUUUGCUUUAGGUCCCGUUAUUCUACCUUCUCUCUAUUUUGUUGGUCCCAAGCUUUCAGAGGACAUCAUCGCGUCUUCAGAAUACUACAAUUUAUUUGAACUUGUCAGCAAAUUGGGUCGUCUUCUCAAUGACAUUCAAGGUUUUGAGAGAGACAAAGCAGAAGGGAAACUGAACUACUUGUCGCUGCUUGUUCUCCAUGGAAAUGGCUCUUUUUCUGAAGAAGAUGCCAGAAGAGAUGCAUGGAGUGUGAUAGAAUCCACAAGGGCUGAAUUGCUUGGGCUGGUUCUCCAGAGCAAGGGAAGCAUUGUUCCCAGAGCAUGCAAGGAAGUGUUCUGGAAGGUGAGCAAAGUACUGCAUCUUUUUUACAGAAACAAUGAUGGAUUCACAUCGCCUAAGGAAAUGGUUGGUGCUGUCAAUGCUGUUGUUCAUGAGCCUUUGAAGGUCAGUCACCUUUCCCUGUCUAAAGCUUAGGAAGAAUCAUAUUAUUUGGUAUAUUCAUCAAAAUAAGUGUGGCAUUAGUUAUUACUGUGAUACUUAUUUGACAAGUUCUAUUUUGUAUUUUGAAAAUUUUAUAGUUAUGAUAAUAAAUAUUUAUUUUACUUGUUUGCAGCAAA